UUUUCCUUCACACGGGGACAUUUUACCGAGACGGAGCUGGAGUGUUAACGGAGGUUUAGCAGCAAAGUCAGCGGUUACCCAGAGAUAUCAGCCACGUCUUAAUGUUGUCAAGCCAGUUCUUGCUAUCGUCCGUAGCGUUGGUCACAGACACCGACACGGACACACAGCGGUGACACACGCACUCAUCGCUGAAGAAGACCAUCCCAUGUGAUUUCAACUUGGCGCUCUUGAUCGAGGACAGACGCACGGCUCAUGCUGCCAUUGUAGAUGUGCAAUUUCUAUGCUACUGAGAGAAGAAUGACAUUUGUCUCAUUUUAAUUCCUGGAGCUGCUUCGGGGGCAGAGUUGAACCUUGAUAACAAAAAGCUGCUGCUCUGAGUCAAGUUGGGUCUUUUUUUUCUCUGCCUGUUUCUUUGCACUGUCCCAGCAUAGUGGGCAAACUGUUAUGGCACUGGAGGCCAACUGAGCCAAGGGGGACUCUGGCUGUACUGGAGGAUUAGUCUGCUGUGGGAGUGGGGACUGGACCAGGAGAGCAGGCCCACAGAGACGCACAUCAUGCUGCAGGGACACUAAGCUCCCUGUUUAAGCCCCCUCUGUGUGGUACUUGUUUUUUUUUUUUUUUCCUGCAAUCUCAUCGGUUUGGAUGGUUGAGCACAAGGGCUACUUUGAAGGAACCCACCGGUGGCUGUGGUUUGGCCAAAGCUGACACAUUUUUUUGCCAGCUAUUGCUGAUUUAGUAUCCUUGUCCACUGCUCCCAAUGCUUUAGCCCCCUUCGCUGUGGUCUCCAGUAUGGUUAGUGGUGUCUGGAGGCAUCGCAGGAGUGGAACUGAACCAUUAAUACCGUUGUAGCUGAUUACUUUUCAUCAUAUUUUUUGCACUGUGACAGAUAACUGGAACACAAUUUCAAGGGCUUUUUGUUUCCCCUCUGUGCUGGAACAAAACACCCCAGUCAAGGUUAUUUUUUCAAAUUUAAAUCCCGGAAACAAGACAGCUCCAGAGGAGGAUGAAACUGAGGAAACAGGUGACAGUGUGUGGAGGGGCCAUAUUCUGUGUGGCUGUAUUCUCUCUGUAUCUGAUGUUGGAUCGAGUCCAACAUGACCCUGCAAGGCGACAGAACGCAGGGAACUUUCCACGGAGCCAAAUCUCAGUUCUGCAGAACCGGAUAGAGCAGCUGGAGCAGCUCCUGGAGGAAAACCACCAAAUCAUCAGCCACAUAAAAGACUCUGUAAUGGAGCUCACAGACACAGGAGCUGUGUCUCCCAGCGGCCACCUGCCAUUCAGAAGUGCCAAUGGUUCCUGGGUACUGCCAUUUGAUGGUCGCCCCACUUUCCUCGCUGUCAAACCCCAGGAUUGUCAGAUAGCUGGAGGCAGCAGUGGUCAAGCCGAUGUUCAGAUGCUGGAUGUUUACUCACUCGUGAAGUUUGAUAACCCAGACGGUGGUGUAUGGAAGCAGGGUUUUGACAUAACUUAUGAGCCUGAUGAGUGGGACAAUGAACCGCUUCAAGUCUUUGUCGUUCCUCACUCCCACAACGAUCCAGGUUGGAUCAAGACUUUUGACAAGUACUUUACAGACCAGACGCAGCACAUUUUAAACAACAUGGUGGUGAAGUUGGCUGAAGAUCCUCGCAGGAAGUUCAUCUGGUCUGAGAUUUCGUUCUUCUCAAAGUGGUGGGAGACUGCAGACAUUCAAAAACAAGAGGCUGUGCGCAAGCUGAUCCUGGGAGGGCAGCUUGAGAUUGUGACAGGAGGCUGGGUGAUGACGGAUGAAGCCAACGUUCACUACUUUGCCAUGAUAGACCAGCUCAUCGAAGGACAUCAGUGGCUUGAGAGAAAUCUGGGUAUAACCCCUCGCAGUGGGUGGGCAGUAGACCCCUUUGGUCACAGUGCUACUAUGCCCUAUCUGCUGAAGAAGGCAAACCUGACCAGCAUGCUCAUUCAGCGAGUCCACUACUCCAUCAAAAAACACUUUGCCUCCACCCGCAGCCUGGAGUUUAUGUGGAGGCAGGCCUGGGACACUGGAUCGGGCACAGAUAUGUUUUGCCAUAUGAUGCCGUUCUACAGCUACGACGUGCCUCACACCUGUGGACCUGAUCCGAAGAUCUGCUGCCAGUUUGAUUUCAAGAGGUUACCGGGUGGUCGGAUAAACUGCCCCUGGAAAGUGCCACCAAAAACUGUGGUGGAGGCCAACCUAGCAGAGAGGGCUAAUCUGCUCCUGGAUCAGUACCGUAAAAAGUCCAAACUGUACCGCAGCAAGGUACUCCUGGUCCCACUGGGAGAUGACUUCCGCUACGACAAGGCCUUGGAGUGGGAUCAGCAGUUCAUCAACUACCAGAAGCUGUUUGACUACAUGAAUUCUCACCCAGAGCUGCACGUACAGGCUCAGUUUGGGACCCUCUCAGACUAUUUUAAUGCUGUAUACAAAGCACAUGGAGUGGCCCAGGGAUCCAGACCUGCAGACUUCCCGGUGCUAAGUGGAGAUUUCUUUGCCUAUGCAGACCGUGAAGAUCAUUACUGGACUGGCUACUUCACCUCUCGUCCCUUUUACAAGAGCCUGGACCGAGUGAUUGAGUCGCACCUCAGGGGGGCCGAGAUCCUUUACAGUCUGGCAGUUGCGAAUGCUCGACAUGUGGGCAUGGAAGGACGCUACCCAGUUUCAGAUUAUGCCCUACUUGUCGACGCGAGGCAGUCUGUUGCUCUCUUCCAGCAUCACGACGCCAUCACUGGCACCGCGAAGGAGAAUGUUGUCAUUGACUACGGUACCAAAUUACUGCGUUCGCUCAUUGGUCUGAAGAGGGUAAUCGUUAAUGCUGCUCAUUUCCUGGUGAUGAAAAACAAAGAGUUUUAUCGCUUUUACCAGACGGAGCCCUUCCUGGAGACGGAUGAUCGGCGUGCUACUCAAGACUCUCUUCCUCAGCGCACUUUAAUCGAGCUGGACCCAGCAGGACCGAGGUACGUGGUUUUGUUCAACCCCAUCGAGCAUGAGCGGCUGUGUGUGGUGACGGUGUUGGUCAACACAGUCAGGGUGCGGGUGCUCACGGAGGAUGGACAGACACUCCCUGUGCAGCUGAGUGCUCAGUGGAGCUCUGCCAGUCAAAUGAGUGCAGAGGUAUUUGAGGCAACAUUCAUGGUUCGUCUGCCGCCACUGGGUCUGGCCGUGUUCCAUCUUUAUGACUCUCCGGAAUCGCCCAUGACGCUCCGCUCUGACACGCUGCUCAGGCUGUCUGGACGGGGCACCAGUGCCCGGGCCGCGGAACCGCUUCCUGUUCGCUCUCAGCAGGCUGACCCUCAAACCUUCUACAUCAGCAGUCAGUCUCUCACACUUAGCUUCUCUGGAACCACUGGUCUGCUGGAGAGCAUCAAGCAUAAGGAUGAUCACCAGGAAGUGAAGGUUCAGAUGCAGUUCAUGGUUUAUGGCACUCGCCCCUCCAAAGACAAAAGCGGAGCUUACCUCUUUCUACCUGAUGGAAAAGCCAAGCCCUACCACCAGAAAGAAUCACCCGUGGUGCGUGUUGUGGAGGGGCCUCUCUUCUCGGAGGUAGUGGCACACUACCAGCAUUUCCAGCAGACCGUUCGCAUCAACAAUGUGCCAGGGGUGGAUGGUUUGUCUGUAGACAUCACCACCUCAGUGGACAUCAGAGAUCAGACCAAUAAGGAGCUUGCCAUGCGCCUGGUUACCGACAUCCAGAGUGGAGAUGUCUUCUACACAGACCUCAACGGCUUCCAGAUGCAACCUCGUCGCCACUAUCUGAAGCUUCCCCUGCAGGCCAACUUUUAUCCCAUGCCCAGCCAGGCGUACAUCCAGGACAGCCACCACCGCCUCACACUGCACACGGCUCAGUCCCUGGGUGUCACCAGCUUGGAGAGCGGCCAGCUGGAAGUGAUAAUGGACCGGCGUUUAAUGCAGGAUGAUAAUCGUGGACUUGGCCAGGGCCUGAAGGACAACAAGAAGACGGUUAACCACUUCCGAUUGCUGCUGGAGAGGAGAUCCUUGGGCAACAAGAUGAUAGACAGUGCAACGACCAGCUUCCCGUCUAUACUCAGUCACAUAACCAACGCCAUCCUGAACCACGAGGUCCUGGCGCUGCCCGUCUUGCCCAAAAGACGCGGCAUCCCUCCUCUGCAGACCUUCGCCCCGCUCAGGUCCCUCCUGCCCUGCGACUUCCACCUGUUGAACCUGCGCAGCAUCCAGAGCCAGCAGGACCCCCACUCUCCGUCUUCAUACACGGCCUUGAUUCUUCACCGCCUUGCGCUGGACUGUGGCCUUGAGGCUCAGAAUCUAGGCUUCAACUGCACAACCACUCAAGGACAGCUGAGUGUAUCAGGACUGUUCAAGAACUUGGACCUGCAGCUGCUCCAGCCCAUGUCCCUGACCCUGAUGCACUCCGGCACGCCUCUGGCCAACGACUCCCUCAUCAGUCUCGAUCCCAUGGAGAUCUCCGCCUUCAAGCUCAAACUCCGCUAAGAGCCAUCCACACUAAACAAGGCAAUAAAAAGGAAAAAAACAAAGCCCAGCAGACUCCUUGGACCAAGAACCAGUCCCACGCUGGGGCCGCGGACUGGGUCUGGGGUCUCUCCGUUUUGUCAAGCAGAACAACGAACACUACAGCUCGGAGAGGGAGGGUCCACUGUAACAGGACUGGCUGCACAGUAGGGGGCAGGCGAUAGCUUGUUACUGUGGACAUCUCUGAGAGCAGCUAAAACCCUGAUGAACUUGCAGCUGUUCUGAUACGAGCAAGACUGAGACAGUCGUCGGAUACGAGCUUGUAUCUGUUCAUCUCCGUAAUCGAACAUGAAAUCUCAUUUAGUUCUGCUUUGUAAGAACUUUUUCUAUCUUCGCUCCAUCCUGGACUGAACUACUGAAUGUAAAUAUUCCAAAUGAUAAGUUGGGACGGGGGCGUGAGACUAGUGCCACAUCAGAGUGCAAUUUACAGAGCUUUAUUUGAUGUAUGCAUUUUACAUUUUUUUUUAUUUUAUGUACCGCAGUUAAGAAGUCACACAUCACAUUGGUUUGUUCUUUUUAUACUAUUAUCUACCGUUGACCGCAGUAGUUUUUUUUACUUUACCCGACAGACUCGAAUGCAGCAAAGAGAAUGUGUAGUUUCUCCAUCUCAGCUCGUCAGGAGACCCAAGCUACGGCUCUUAAAGCUACCGGAGUCCCACGUCGAUCCCACACGACAACAAUGUGAUCACCAAUCAUAUCAGACGACUGUUUACCUUCUGUCCAAUGGUUUUUUUCUC